CUUAGACGCGUGUUCGUUUUUAUUGACCGAUGCAAUCAACCGUAAAUCCGCUGAAGUUACCUUAAAGAUAAUUUUGUGAUAAUUGUUUGGAGCACAGUUUACAGUUUUACCAUUCAGUACCACAUUGUGAUCUUAACCAUGCACUUGAUUAACCUUUUGUGUUUCCUUACACUCGUUGCCCGUGAAGCAACAACGCUCAGCUGCAACCAUUGCUUCGACGAAUUCGGAUGGGACUCGUGCACCCAGAAAAACCGAGUCGCUCAGUGCGGCUACAUUUUGACGAACGAUCUGCACCGGAACUUGCAAAACUUGAAUCCGUCGUUGCCGGACGUUCCGCCGCGUGUGAGCCUCGUCUGGCGGUGCUACGAGCUGGCGGUUCAGUUCAGUGGUGAUCAAGGACAGCGAUUGUACGAACGGGGAUGUACCUACGUCGAGGCUAACUUCUGCAAUGGAUGGAAUGUGGGGCUUCUGCAACCAUCGAUUAACUGCACUUUGAGCACACGGGGUGUUCCGGAUGUGAACGAUGGAGGGGUUGACGAAGGGAGCGGAACAGAGCAACCAACUCAACCAACUGGAGGAACUGGAAAGGUGGGACAGAACGUUUGGGGGUGGCUUUUGGCGAUGUUCAGCGUAAUAUUUUUGGCUGCGUAUAGCGCUUAGAAGCGAAUUCAAGUUGCAGUCACUGCUAGAAAUAUAGAAGAGAUCGUGUUUAUUCUGAAAUACAACUCUAAAAUGGUAUUGGA